UCUCCAGCAAAAUGUACAUUUAAGAUCUAGUCAUUUGGUAAAAGCGCAAUAAAUUGUGAAUUUUGCACUUUCUGCACAUGGUUUAUUGUUUGGUACUUCCCUCACCGUUCUUUCAGUGUCAAUUUAAUGUCUUCUGUGUUUCCACAGUGCACAGUCAUGUUUCUCUAAAUUUAUAAAAAUACACUGUGUUCUGUAAUUUGUUCCUCACAUGUAAACAGACAGGCAGCAGGAUUUCUUAUCAUCCUUGAAUGAUCACACUCCCACUAGUGACACUUAGUGGUUUAAACAGAAACGGUCGGCUGGGUGACUCGCUCAUCUUUGCAGUCCCAGAACAUGAUGUCAGAGAUGAAUUUCUUUUGACAAAAUUGACUGUGAAUGAAAGUAUUUCAGAAAUUGAGUAUAUUUCUCAAAACAUCCAUCAUGAAAUGUCAAGGGUGAAAAAAAAAAUGCAUUCAAGGCCUCUGGGAUGGUUCUGUUUUAAAGUCACAGUGCUCUUUUGCCAAUAAUACAUUCAGUUUUUCAGCAGUGAAAUAGUUUACCUCAGUGGAUCUUUUUCACAGCAGACACGUUGACUUGUCUCGGAGGAUAAGCACAGGUGUUACUAAUAACAUUAACAACAUCUCUGUUCAGGUGUCCCAGUAAGCUAUUACAAUGCGCCAGCAUGCACAAUAUCAGGACACUGAAACUUGCUCAGCUAAAUGGAAUGCAGCCUCCAUUAUUGUUAUUGUUUACACAUGUGAUUUUCUUAAGGUGACAUCGAGAUGUCUGCUGUGAAAAUCUGCACAUACUCAGUGACAGUUUAUAAGCUUGCAUCAGAUGUUGCACACGUGAGCAGGAGAAAUGUUGUGUUUUCUUGUGAUUUGACAUUUCAGAUUAACUUCAAAUACUCAAUUGAAUUAAUGGGCUGUUGCUGAUUGUACUUUUCUGUGUGUGUGUGUUGCACUUUUCCCAGUAUUUCCCUUUUUAUCACAGCCUUCCUGGAAGGAGACUGUAUCACGGGAAUGCAGCCAACGGAAGAGAAAAAAAGAGUUUUGUGGCUUGAAGCACAGAUCCCCUCUAAACACACACACACACACACACAUACAAUUAGAGUUAGAGUUAGAGCCAGCAGUGGUGAAUCAAGGUUCCUGUGCAAUGGGUAAACACACAUCAGUGGUCUGGCUAAGGUCACUCACCCUGCCUGCAGUUGUUCACUCUACAUUAGCCACCACAAAGGCAGGAGACUGACAGAUUGAGGGAAAUGCACACUUUAUUAAAACAUUUUGUUUGCUGAAUUAAGAAUAAUUCAUAUAACAGCCUGUGUGACAUGUUUUCUUUCUGCCUUUCACUCUAUAGCUCCUGUGUUUGCCCUCUGCCCACUCUAUCUUUUACACAUCAGUCACAACCACAGAGAGAGCACUUUCUCUUGGGGUACGAUGACCUGCAGUGAUCAUGGCAUGUUUGUCCUCUGGACCCCGGGACAGUGUGCCAGGACACACGACCUCUUCACUCACAUGUUGCAGAGUCUCUGCUCCUCGUCCCACCACUGACACCUUAGGGUAGCUUGGAGUCUGCGGACCACCCAAGGGCUCGGGAGACUGCACACUGGGAGGCCUGGGUGGGUGAAUGCUCUGAAGGAUGGCCGUGUUUUGGAAAACAAUGGCAGGUGGACUGCUGCUGGCUUUGAGCCUCACGCUGCUGUUGGGAGCCGAGGGGCAAGGGAACGGACGGGGUAAGAAAGAAGUAUCAGGCAGGGCUACCGUCUACCUCGGCCAGGACAGAGACAUCUGGAGCCCACUGGUCCACACAACAGUCAACCUCAGUGAGAUCAGCAGUAUUAAGUCAUCUUUUCAGUUGCGGACAUUUGACCCAGAAGGCGUCAUUUUCUAUGGAGACACCAAAAACGGGGACGACUGGUUUGUUUUGUCCCUGAAAGAUGGCAUCCCUCUGAUGCAGAUGAGCAAAGAAGAUACUCUUGUUAGUGUGGCAGGCGGCCUUAAGCUCAAUGAUGGAAAAUGGCACACACUUGAGGUGAGCAACCAAGAGAAGUUUGUGAUUCUAGAGGUGGACGGCUCGAAUAGGCUGGUGCUGGGCAUGCAGUCCAAACAGACAGAGGAGGUCCUUUCAGGUGAACUCCGACUGGCCCUCGGCGGGGUCCUGAUGGACAAGGAAAAGCUAUUUGUUCAGUUCGAGCCACAGAUGGACGGCUGUGUGCGGGAAGGUAACUGGCUAAACCUCAGCCUCCCCUGGGAGACAGAGGCGGAGGAGCUGUGGCCCUGCUAUCAAAACGUGCAACCUGGCAGCUAUUUCCCUGGCACCGGAUUUGCCAUUUUCAACACCUCAGUUUUCCCAAUUGAGUCAGAUGAUGGGGUCAUGGCUGAACUGCUGGGAGAUUUCAGUAAGAUGGAUGGGACCAUUUUGAGCAUCAAGGCUCCUGGGCAAGACCUCAUGUUCGCUUUAGUGGCCAAUAAUAACAAAGAGGAGGUGACGCUCACCUUUGGUAAAGAUACAGUCAGCAUGAAAGACAAUUUCAAGCGACUGGUUAUAACCUUUAAGACAGAUUUACUGCAAGUGCUCCAAGAUGAAGAUGAAUCAAACACCACUACGUUAUCUAUGAGGUCUGAGAGCCACCCUGAUUAUCUGACCACAUGGAGAGAGGGUCGUCUUGCCGUUGGAGGUCUCCUAGGCGAGGGUGAGGACAAUGUAGGCUCCCAGUUCUUGACAGGCUGUCUGGAGAAAAUUCGGGUCCAAGGGAGGGAUUUGGACCUCGAUUUAGCUGUCAAACACAUGUCGAUCUCUUCUCACAGCUGCGCUGCAUAGACCAUGAAAGUAUGCAUGUACAAUAUGUGGACUAGAUGCUGGCAGGGGAUGCCCUCUGGGUUCACUACAAUGAUUGCAAAGUGCAGGCACAGUAGCCAGAGCACAACAAUACCCUAAUAACCACUAAACCCUCUUAUUAGGCUACUAAUAGUCUGUAAUUGAAUGUGGUAUUUGUACCAAUUCUUCUAAAACAUUAAUAUGUUGUGCAAAAAAUAUCUAUCCCAUUAGCCCGAUUUUAACAGAAUAUUCUGAUUAAUGUGAGUGGUUUUGUGACUUUGGUGUAUCUAACAGUAUGUUUCUAAUAAAUUAUGAUUCUCCUUAA